UCUAGGCAAUAAGCGGAUUGGCUAACGAAGGCACGCGCGUCAUUCAAACGGUUUGUUGGUUACGUGCCGUACGACUUUGCAACGCUUUUUAAUCAAUGGAGAACUACGUCAAAAUCGAAAAAAUUGGCGAAGGAACGUACGGCGUCGUGUACAAAGGAAGAAACAAGAAAACAGGCCAAAUUGUCGCUCUCAAGAAGAUACGCUUGACGUCGGAAGAAGAGGGAGUUCCGAGCACGGCCUUGCGCGAAAUCUCUUUGCUGAAAGAACUUCAACAUCCCAACGUCGUCAAGCUGGAGGAUAUUCUUCACCAGGAGAGCAAACUGUAUCUCGUAUUUGAAUUUGUUCAGUACGAUCUGAAGAGGUAUAUCGACUCGUUGCCUGCAGGAAGUAGCAUGGACCCAAUGCUUGUGAAGAGCUACACAUAUCAGCUUCUUAUAGGAAUUGGGCACUGUCACUGCCAUCGAGUGCUGCACAGAGACCUAAAACCACAGAACCUUCUUAUUGACAAGAACGGAGCUCUGAAACUGGCAGACUUUGGUUUGGCCAGAGCAUUUGGAAUUCCAGUCAGAGUCUACACACAUGAGGUUGUGACUCUGUGGUAUCGAGCACCUGAAAUUCUGCUUGGUGCUCAACGAUACUCAACUCCCAUGGAUGUUUGGAGUAUUGGAUGCAUCAUGGCUGAGAUGGUGACAAAACGUCCCAUCUUUCAUGGAGACUCAGAGAUUGACCAACUUUUCCGCAUCUUUAGGACUCUUGGCACUCCAACUGAGGCGGAGUGGCCAGAAGUAAAAUCUCUUCCUGAUUACAAGCCAUCGUUUCCCAGAUGGUCUAGUCAACCGUUGAGCAAAGUUGUACCUGGACUAGAUAGCUUGGGGCUUGAAUUGCUAAAGAAAAUGCUGAUUUACAAUCCAGGGAAGAGAAUCUCAGCCAGACAAGCUCUGCUGCAUCCAUAUUUUGAUGAUCUCAGCAAGGCUGCUCUCCCACACAUGCAACAAGCAUGAAGCUAUCUGGUAUUGUGCGACUCAAAAUUAGC